AUGGUCGAAUUGUCAUGGAAUACCGGAAUGAGUACAGACUCGAGACCCUCGGCAAUGAAACCACCAGCGCCGACCAUGAUCCCGCCACCGCAAGCAUCGACUUCUCGGUUUGAACCCUGUGCAUCAACGGCGUCGCUUUUCCUAUACGCCCAAGGCUCCGUGAUUUCCUGUCUUCACCAUGAUACCUUGGCACUCGAAAGACGCUUUGAAAACCACCAAGAGGAUGUUGAGUUCAUUUCGGUUGACAAUGUCAGUGAGCGUGGUGCUGGGAGACUAGUGCUCAGUUAUGAUGUCGGUAAAACUGCAAUUGUUUGGGAUAUUUUUACAGGGACAGUGAUUGCAAGGUUUGCAUCGUUCGAACAACUCAAAGUUGCCACCUGGAUGCGAAAUGGGAACGUCGCUUUCGGAAACGAAAAGGGAGAUGUUAUCAUCUUUGAACCGUCUACCUCGGAGCACAUUUCCUGUCGCACCAUCUUCGAUCCUAUAACCGCUCUUGCACCGGCCACAGACUGUCGAACAUACGCAAUAGGUUACCAGAAUGGCUCUAUAAUGAUCGCUACCCUCCACCCGACGUUCACAAUUUUACACACUAUGGCCACCUCCCGAGGACCGUCAUCCAUACUCUCCUUGGCCUGGCAUGCCUCCUCCUCCAAGCAGAAAUCUGAUAUGCUAGCGACACUAUCGGCAAAUGGUGAUUUGAGGGUGUGGAGCGUUGCCAAGCCGCCAGGAAAAGAACCUCCUCGAGUCAUCAGGGUGUUGAAGCGGUCAGAUGGCUCGCCACCAUCAGAGCCAAAAUGGAUGGCUUGGUCAAAGAACGGAAGAAUUGUACAAUAUCUUGAUGGAGAGACAUGGGCAUGGGAUGUCAGGACGAAACAUGUCACAUACGAGCCAGUCCCUACGAUCGACAACCCUCGCGGGUUUGCAAACUACGGGCCAACGGCGACGCUUUUCACGCUAGGGCCGCAAUUCACUGUCCAGCAGUACGAUGUCGAAGCACCAGCAAUGGUGGCCAACGUACAACAUCUCCCGGCCAAUGUCAUGUCCUUACCCCAAGAGCAAGCGAAGCUACGGACUCUUGAGGAUCCACCUACGAUAAAAGAGUCUGCGAACGCAUUCACUUCGAGAAGAACUCCACUCGACAUGAACGGGAUUGAGACUGUUCGGCAGCAACGGGCGGAAUUGAGCAGUCCGGUCUCUUCUCGCAGCCAUGCGAAUUCGGUCAGUUCCAAGGCAUCUUCGGGGAAAUAUAGAAUGGGCACAUUCUCGCCACAGAGCAGGUCAGGAGUAACUGGGACGUCAUUUUCAUUGACAUCUGCAUCCGGAAGAGAUACCCCCCAGGCGUCUGGAGCUUCAUACGCUUACGCAUCGUCUGUUUCAAUGUCCUCAGUUAAAAGCUCUCGUGCUGGAGGCUCGCGUCUGAGAAAUGAGGUCCAACUCAGCCCUGCAGAUAGACCUAGCGAUCUGUUCCCCUUUACGCGCGCACGUCUGAAUGAUGUGCCCUACGGACAUCACCAGCCACUUGAUGAAUCUCGCCUGACUCCAGAUGAUCUACGCCAACAGAUGUUGAGCGUUGUUUUUGGCUUUGACGGUGACAUCGAAGGAUUGAUUCGAGACGAACUUAGCCAUCACCCUCCAACGAGCCAUAAUGCCGUUCUGUUAGCUCAAUGGCUUGGGGAGUCCGACACUGACCACAUGGUUUCGAUGAUCGGUUCCGGGCCUGCGACAAUUACCGACUGGAUGCUUCUCGCUUUCAGCCAGAUGUCCGGAGAGUCCCAAUCCAAUAAAUUUGGGCAAGCCUUCGUCCAGAAGCUGCUGGAGAUCGGCGAUAUUCACACAGCGGCCACCAUAUUGUUAGGACUGGGAGAUCGGAACGACGCAAUUGAGGUCUACGUUUCUCAAAAUUAUUAUCUGGAAGCAAUACUUAUGACAUGUCUGGCUAUGCCCACGGACUGGCAACGCCAGUCAUAUCUUGUCCGUCGAUGGGGUGAACACGUGGUAUCUCAUUCACAACAGCAGCUGGCAAUUCGGUGCUUCAUGUGUACUGGUGUUGAACCAUCGGAACCAUGGACCUCUCCUGCGGCUCAACAGGCGGCAUCGUUCACCGAGGUGAUAACCCAGAGACCGCAGAUGAAGUCACCCGAGCCACCAUAUGCGAACAACCCGUCCAAUCUGAUGGUUCCAGGCUCGCAAGCGAGACCUGCAGCUACCAAUACCAGGCAAGCUCUGAAAGCGCCAGCUCUCAAGCUCAUCACAUCAUUUGACUCGCAACCGAACCACAAAUACAACUUCCCCGGGCUGAAGUCAGAUGAUCGAACGCCAACAAAUGCUCCUGGAGUCACGCCUAUAGCGGAAUCGGCCGUGGUGGAAUCGGCUCUAUCGCCAGGUGGCUUUGGCUCUUACAAGCUCAAUAAUAUUCAGAGCCUGAACAAUGCAAUGAACGGACGGACAAACACCCCUGCGUUUAACAGGCGCCGCCUUCCUUCCAUAGGGGAAACGCCGAUUGACGUUCAUCCACCGACUUUCACAUCAGCCGUGUAUAACAAUAAGCUUGCUAUGGACUAUGGUUCGGCUUCGGAGAACGAGGAGAUUCAAGCACAGGAACAACAAGACGACGAAGAUGGCGACGGUCUCGGCUUGCUGUCAUCUGCCCGAUACGAUCCGGAAGAAUACAAACCCAGCCCUCAAACUGCUGUUCAGGCAGCAACUGACCAAUUCGCAGGAAUUAAAGGCCUUCCUUCUCCAGCUGCCGGUGUCUUCGAGGCGCUGAAGGAGCGCUCUGACAGUAGGGCAAGUACCCGAGAACGGAAGCCAGAGGGCUUGCAGCUCCAUCUGGGCAGCUCCUCUCAGGCUGAUGUACAAGAACAACCGAAUCCGCUGGCCAACUUUAGAAGUCCAGCAUCGACAUUAAACAGCUUUAGCUCCGCCAGAAGCCCGAGCGUGAGCAGUCGGAGUAUUGAUCAGUAUAUCAGUAGUUUGGGUGAAGCGAGCUAUCAUUCGCAUAAGUAUCAGACUCCAACUGUGAAUACUCCUGGGCGCGGACGAAGAAAUACGGAUGAUGCGGUCAGCCAAGCUUCCAGUCGGAGGUACCGGUCCAGGAACGAAUCUCAAGAGACCCGUGGGCGACACGAAAAAAGGUACAUACAACCUGCCAAGCGUUCGCCAUCUUCUCCAGUUCCAAUGUCACCUGAAGAGCUGGCACGGAUCAAUGCGAACGCCGCGAACAAAGCAUCGUCUCGAACGCGCAGUGCUAGCAGAGUGCGGAAGCCACGCUCUCGUAACUCUUCCGAACGCCGCCAAAAUCGUUCAGCAAGCCGCAAUACCGCCAGCCGUAUCAACACGGAACACUCGCAGCGUGGACGUAGCAUGGACCGCCAAGGAUCAAGCAUGAGAUCUCCUUCGUCGCCGCUUCCACUUCCUACAAUGACUCCAGAUGACGCUAUGAGACUCGUGGCGAGUGAUAGGGAGCGUUUGCGGACUCGCCAGCGAAGCGGCAGCCGGCGUCCGGACAAGAACACAGGGAUGAAAGGAGACGAAGCAAGACGUCCGAGAGCAGACUCUCGCAGUCAUUCUGAGAUGGAUGUCACUGUUGAUACAGAUCAAGGCCCUGUUGUGAUGCUACAGGACGGGAAGUUUAAUGACAGCAUGUACGCUGAUGAUAGCAGUCAACAGAUCAAGGAUUUUGUGGCCGAUUUAGCACGCGAGGCGCCUCCGAUGGCUCACAAUCAAGCCACUCUCGUAGAGCAGAGGAGAAAGCAACUUGCAGCUGCUGAACUUGAGGCACGUCGGCUGUCACUGGCACGCAAUCCAUCUGCGCCGAACAUUCCAUUUCCCGGAGAAUUACAAUCCGCCCGCACUGCUCCGGACAGCCCGCCAUUCUCAGUGUCAUCGUCAUUCACACCUCACACUCCAGGUCGACACAGGACUACUGCUAGUAAAGGGUCGCCGGAGGGUCCAAGCAGUUCCGAGUCGGCCUCAUCUAAGUCGAACGUGCCCUAUGGCUUGCCAGCGACUCCUCGAGCUAUGCGACACCCCAAGUACAAUGGUUACGAGGAGACUGUAGCAGUUCCUCCCAUGCCCGAUAGUACUAUACUUCUGAGCGACGCAAGAUAUCUAGGAGAUGCAGAGAGAAUUGGCCGUUCGAUGUCCGUUCCGGUCCCAGAAAGUCAGCCGUCUGGCCUAGUGCCCACUGACUUACCAAUGCAUCCACGAUUCAACCCACGGCUACCCCGAAGCCGCUCGACAAGUCGGUCACGGGGUAAGGGUCAUCAGCGAGAGAAUAGUGGAAAUAGCUAUGGCGGUUCGCCUGUCACAGUGAGCAUCGAAGAGACUAUCGAGAAUGGACUUUUGAUGCAGCAGGCCGAAAACCCUCCCAUUUUGCCGCAGCUUCAACAUUUAAAUCCGCCGCCACCUCCGCCGCCACCAAUUCCUCCUUUGGCCUCUCCACGCCAGUCCUCGGGCACCAUCGAUAUCGCGUUCGAUAACGAGGACUUUGGACGGCUUCUCCCUCGCGCGAUGACCGCCGCCCCGGCAUUGAGCACUGAUGUCCGUCCCGGCUUGGAACGCCGCCGCAUGUCCUUUGAGCAUCGACGAGGCCGCAGCGUGAAUGAGAGCUUAAGCACGAAGAUCCGCAACUUGACACGGGUGGGGCAUAACAAGGGCAGCGAGCCCUGGGUGUCUGCGGAGAUCCACAUCCCUUAUGAAAGCGUGCAGGUGAUGGAUGGUCGACUAUAG